AUGCCUGCAAAGACGAAGUCCCUCAAUACCCAGCUCCGCAAGAAGGGCCUGGAAAUGGUCCAGGAAUCAGUCGACCCGGAGUUCGGCCCAGUUUACACAAUAAGUUCCACAAAGCCUGGGAUCACCAACAGCGAUCUUGCCUAUCGACUAUAUUACUGGGGAGAGACUGCGAAAUGGAGCGCUAGCAGGAGGAAAGCUAUUGAGAAAGCUACUAACCGUAUCAAUCGUAUCAAAGCGCAAGAGGCAGCGUCGAAGACGGAUUCAUCUGAGAGUGCCAGUGAAUGA